AUGGGUUCUACUGGUUUGACAGAGAAGCCACAUGCAGUUUGCAUACCAUACCCAGCUCAAGGUCACAUAACCCCAAUGCUGCAAUUAACCAAACUCCUCCACUACAAGGGCUUUCACAUAACCUUUGUGAACACCGAAUUCAACCACAGACGCCUUCUUAAAUCCCGAGGUCCCAACUCUCUUGACGGCCUCCCAUCCUUUAGGUUCGAAACCAUUCCCGAUGGCCUCCCUCCAACAGAUACCAAUGCCACCCAGGACGUAACCGCUCUAUGCGUUUCCACUAGGAAAAAUUGCUUAGCACCCUUCAGAGAUCUUUUGUCAAAACUCAACUCUUUGCCCGAUUCCCCCCCAGUUACUUGUAUAGUUUCUAAUGGUGGCAUGGCCUUCACUUUUUAUGCGGCCCAAGAAUUGGGCAUUCCGGAAGUUAUUUUCGAGACACCAAGUGCUUGUGGCUUGAUGUGCUACCUUCAGUAUCGCCCUCUCAUCGAAAAGGGCUUAGUACCUCUUAAAGAUGCUAGCUAUUUGACAAAUGGGUAUUUGGAUACUGAGAUAGAUUGGAUACCAGGCAUGAGAGGUAUCCGAUUGAGGGACAUCCCAAGCUUCAUCAGAACCACAGACCCAAAUGACUUCAUGCUGAAUUUUCUGUUGGUUGAGAUGGCAAGAGUUAAAAGAGCUUCUGCCAUUAUUUUGAACACGUUUGAUGCGUUAGAGCAUGAAGUUUUAGAUGGACUAUCAACUCUGCUACCACCUGUUUAUUCCGUUGGACCCCUACAUCUACAGCUUAAUCAGAUCCCAGCAGAUAACGAGUUGAAGUCCAUUGGAUCAAACCUGUGGACAGAAGAACCAAUGUGUCUUGAUUGGCUUGACUCUAAAGAACCUAACUCUGUGGUUUAUGUCAACUUUGGAAGUAUCACAGUCAUGACAGCUGAGCAGCUGAUUGAGUUUGCUUGGGGACUUGCAAACAGCAACCAGACCUUUUUUUGGGUGAUCAGGCCUGACCUUGUUGGUGGGGAAGCAGCUGUGGUUCCACCAGAGUUUAUGGAAGAGACCAAAGAAAGGGGUCUAUUGGCAAGUUGGUGCCCUCAAGAACAAUCCAUUGGAUCAAACCUGUGGACAGAGGAAACAGAGUGUCUUCAAUGGCUUGACUCUAAAGAACCCAAUUCUGUUGUUUAUGUCAAUUUUGGAAGCAGCACAGUCAUGACAUCUGAGCAGCUAACUGAGUUUGCUUGGGGGCUUGCAAAUAGCAAGAAGGCCUUUUUUUGGGUCAUUAGGCCUGAUCUUGUUGGUGAGGGGAAAUCAGUUGUGGUUGCACCAGAGUUUGUGGAAGAGACCAAGGAAAGGGGUCUAUUGGCAAGUUGGUGCCCUCAAGAACAAGUUCUGAGCCACCCAGCCGUAGGAGGGUUCUUGACACACAGUGGUUGGAACUCUACUCUUGAGAGUUUGUGUGGUGGAGUGCCCAUGAUCUGUUGGCCCUUCUUUGCAGAGCAACAAACCAAUUGUAGGUUCUGUUGCAAAGAGUGGGGCAUAGGCAUGGAGAUAGAGGGUGAUGUUAAAAGAAAUUACGUAGAGGGGCUUGUGAGAAAGUUAAUGGAGGGAGAGGAGGGCAAAGAGAUGAGGAAGAAAGCCUUGGAAUGGAAGAAGUUGGCAAAGGAGGCCACCAUUGGUCCAAAUGGGUUAUCUUUUGUGGGUUUGGACAAAUUGGUUAACCAGGUGCUUCUAUCUCCGAGGAAUUAG